AAUUACAAAAGAUUACGUACCAAAUGGUAUAGAAAAAUUUGGAUUUUAUCAGAUAGUGAUAUUUCGCAUUAUCAGCAUACCAAUAAUUUCAUCAGCAAUGUUUAUGCUUUCUUACGUAUUUACCGCAGGCGAAGUUAAAUACAGAUGUUUAGUGCCAGAAUGCGAACAUGCGGAAAACGCGACGUUCGACGAUGAUUCACCAUGGAUCAACGUUUCCGCCCCGAAGGUCAACGGAGACAUUUCCGGUUGUGUACGUUCUGUGGUGGAUAAUCAUUCGGACUCAUGUUCGAACGACGUCGUUCAUCACGUGAGUGAAUGCGAUUCUUGGUUUUUACAAUCAAACGAGCAUACGAUACUCGACGAGUGGGACUUUACCUGCGACUCUAAUCGAUGGAAACUCACAUUGGUGGGCACAAUGCAAAGCACCGGCUUGUUCGUCGGCUUGAUGUUCGCUGGAUACAUAUCUGACAGGUACGGGAGACGAACCUUUCUGACGGUGUCGACGUUUCUGGCCGGAGUCAGCGGCUUGAUACAUUCCUUCUCCGUGAAUUAUUGGAUGUUUCUCUCAUUCGAAUUCCUCGACGCCGUCACAAUAGCCGGAAUUUACAGCGCGGGAUAUAUUCUAGGGGUGGAGACCCUAGGAGUAAAGAAUAGAGUCUUUGGAGGCGUUCUUUUAUCCUGCAUGUUCAGCACGGGCGAGGUCCUGUUAGGAUUAGUCGCGAGGUCGGUGAGAUCCUGGCGGGUGCAUCUAAGGGUGGUGUACGCGCCGGGACUGUUGGCCGUUUUCUUGCCUCUGCUCAUUCCAGAAUCGGUCAGGUGGCUAAUGUCAAAGGGUAAACACGACGAAGUGGAGAAAAUAUAUCGAAAAAUGGCGCGGAUGAACAACCUGCAAGUAACGAAUGAGGCUAUCGAUAUAUUUAAGGAAUUAAAUGCUAAAACCGAAACGAAAAUCGAGCUAACGAAGGCGGACGAGAGGAAGCCGAUCGUGCAAGUCCUACGUAGUUCAGUGAUACUUAUUCGUUUGUCGACCUGUUCAUUCUGCUGGAUCACGAACACAUUCGUUUAUUACGGAUUGGCGUUGAAUUCCGUGGCGUUCGCCGGGGAUAAGUACAUCAAUUUCAUACUCGUCAGCAUAGUCGAGAUGCCAGGCUACCUUCUCACCUGGCUGCUGACAGAUCGCAUAGGACGUAAACCGAUGCUCUCCGGCGCGUUUCUGCUAAGCGGAAUGUUCUGCCUCGCGAUUCAGUUCGUACCAUCAGGUACCUCGAGUUACGGGCCCUUACUUUUGUACAUGGCCGGGAAAAUGUGCAUCACCGCGGCGUUCUCCACCACCUACGUCUACACCGCGGAGAUGUUCCCGACGACGUUGAGGCAUUCCCUGCUCGGCUUCUGCAGCAUGGCCGGUCGCAUCGGGUCUAUCUUAUCCCCGCAAACGCCUCUAUUGGCGCAAAUAAUGCCGUCGCUGCCGCUCAUCCUCUUCGGGUCUAUGAGCAUAAUCGCGGGCAUCCUGUCUCUGAUCUUUCCGGAAACUUUGGGGACGAAACUUCCGGACACCGUAUGGGAGGCGGAAAACAUCGGUAGAGUUAAGCCAAACCCGUGAAAUUCGGUUAAAAUAGAAAAUAAAUUACAAAAUAUUAAUGUUAAGUGUGAAAUAUUAUUAUGAGAGGCACCACCAUGCACAAUCAUCUUUGUCUACUUUCUUUAUACAUACAGGAUGUAUGUUCCGUUUUAACUUCGCCAUUGAAAUAUCUCAUAAGUCUAAAAGAUAACAAAAAAUGUUUCAAACAAAAGUUGUAGGGUUUCGAGAGGGACAUAAAAUGGUGCUAUUGAUUUGAUCUUGAAAAGUCUUUUGAAGGUCACCUGAAGGUCAACUUCAAUUUCUUCAAUGGAACCAUCUAUUUUUCAUUGCAUAUUCUUGUAGCUUAUGUCGAGUGCUUUUCAAAACUCUAUAACAAAGUUAUUUUUCAUUAAGUACUUUUUGAGUUAUAAAGAUUUGAAAAGUUAACAAUUUUUUGACAUGAAAGUUCUUUUAUUCCGAUUAAUAAAGAGGCUGUUUUGUUUGCCUAAUAGUGCUUUUAUUAUUUAACUGCGGAUCUGAAUACGUAGUUCAAAUAUACAUAUUAGAAAGACGAGAUGUGUUUCAAUCAGAAAGUAACUCUAAUAAAUUUCGGGUGUUUAGACCGACACAAAGACCCCCUAAGUCUACCGAGAAAAGGAGAAAAAGAGAAAGAGAAAUGGCAAUAACUUUUAAAACUUUACCAAGUGUUCCUUUCAGAUGCGCUGGAUAGCGAUAUGGGAUGAUCUUUAUAAGGCUACGUUAUGUCCAAAAAAAUGUAAAAUAUAUAAUUGAUUACAAGCAUCGAGAUUCAGCCUUAUCGAAAAUUAUCUCGUCUUACUACUUAUUUAUAUUUGCGUGCGAAAAAAAAAUUAUAUAAUAUAGAAUUAUAUAAUAUAAUAUAGGAUUAUAAUAUCUUCCCUAAAAUCUCCCAUAAAUAUGGUAAAAAAUGAGUAGAGAGAAAAAGAAAAAAAGAAAGAUAUGUUGCACAUUUGUGUAUAUUUUCUCUUCAGAUUUGUCUACGCAACGACAAUUUGCUCGCAUGUAAAUCGCCAAUUAUGCACCUGUCAACGCAAAAAAAAAAAGAAAAAGAAAAUAGUUGCGUUGUACCGAUGUGUAGUAUCCGUAUAUAGUACAAUUUUUGCGUGAUUAUAUUUAGUGUAUGACACGCGGGGCGAUUUAUUUAUUACUUUCAGUUCUCAACUUUAUCUUGUAAAAUAGUGUGAUGUAAUUCAUUAUAUGUAGUUUAAUUUUAAUUAUUAUGAAACGAACUAUGUUUGUAUAACGUAUAUAUAAGAUAUAACUGAAAAAAAGAAACAUAUCUGAAACACCAUUAGAUUUUCCGGUCAAUUUGGAGAUUGAUUUUGUUGCUUUUUUAAUAACACUUUAUUUAAAAGAUUAAACUUUGAUAUUUAUUUAUAUAACUUAAACUCUUGUUAAAUAUAUAGGCUUUUCUUGUGGGCCGUGUGAUCCACACAGGGAGUGUAAUAGAACAAAAAAUCUAGAUUGGAAUAUGAGCAUAUGAAUAUUAGCAAUCUAAAAACAAAAAAGAAUUAAACAAGCUAACAAACUAUUAAAUAACAAUGAUGUGUAACAAAAAUAAAUUCUUUUAACAUCAA